AGAGAAAACAAUAUUCCGAUCCAACCCGGAACAUUAAUAAUCUGACCCAUCUUCCCCCCUCCCUCAGCGAUCCCUUUCCUCCUCCUCCUGCCCUCAGAUCUCCGGCGACCUAGACUCCUCGGCGAAUCGGAGGCGGCAGAGGCAGAGGCGGCGAGAUGUCGGGGCAGAGCCAGCGCCUGAACGUGGUGCCGACGGUGACGAUGCUGGGGGUGGUGAAGGCGCGGCUCAUCGGCGCCACCCGCGGGCACGCGCUCCUCAAGAAGAAGUCGGACGCGCUCACCGUCCAGUUCCGCGCCAUCCUCAAGAAGAUCGUCGCCACCAAGGAGUCCAUGGGGGAGGCCAUGCGGGCCUCCUCCUUCUCGCUCGCCGAGGCCAAGUACGUGGCCGGCGACGGCGUCCGCCACGUCGUUCUCCAGUCCGUCCGCUCUGCCUCCCUCCGCGUCCGCUCACACCAGGAGAACGUCGCCGGGGUCAAGCUCCCCAAGUUCUCCCACUUCGUCGACCCCGCCGGCGGCGCUUCCGGCGGGCCCUCCGGCGCGUCCCCGAGUCUCACGGGUCUCGCCCGCGGCGGCCAGCAGGUGUCCGCCUGCCGCACCGCGCACGUCAAGGCCAUCGAGGUGCUCGUCGAGCUCGCCUCGCUCCAGACCUCCUUCCUCACGCUUGAUGAGGCCAUCAAGACCACCAACCGCCGUGUCAACGCUCUGGAGAACGUCGUCAAGCCCAGGCUGGAGAACACCAUCACCUACAUCAAGGGUGAGCUGGACGAGCUCGAGCGUGAGGACUUCUUCAGGCUCAAGAAGAUCCAGGGGUACAAGAGGAGGGAGAUCGAGCGGCAGAUGAUCGAGGCCAAGAAGUUCGCGGAGGAGCAGCUUGCGGAGGAUCUGGCGCUCAAGAGGGGCAUCUCGAUGGGGGCUGCGACCAACAUACUGGUUGGAGGCGGCGACAAGGACGACGACAUCAUCUUCUGAUCACCUCUAGUAUACAAUCAUUCAAUCGUGAUGGAAACAAUAAGUUCUGGCGCUGGAGCUCCAGAAUUGCAUCUGUUUAUAGAGUGGUGGAUGUUUUGUUUCAGGCGUUGCCUGAAUUCUUGCCAUCCAAGACCCAAAAUAAUCUGUACUUGGAACCCCGAAUAUUGCCAGUGAACUUCAGCACGGAUUGGCUAUGUGCAGCUCUGUUAGCAAAUUCAUUCUGUACCAUAUUUCAUUUGCAUUGCAUGCUCGUUUUAGAUACGUAUUUAUUCAGAAAGGUGUACUUGGAUUGGCAUGGUUCACUAUUAAGCUGCAGACUUGUGUAUUUCAUUUUGGCUCGAGCAGCUUUUAUAUCCUUUAAAAUUCGUUGCAA